CUGGUUAACAUCAUAAGCCGGAACAUCUCGGGCCCCAAGGAAUGUAUGCAGUUCUUACAUUUAAUAGCCAAGGUAGCUGACUACACGUCGCAGAGAGAUACAAAGCAGGAUGUUAAUAUAGGUCACACAACAUUGUCUUGUUUUCUGCCAUAAACGUGUUUCAUACAUAAACAGCUAGUGUUAGCCAUGAGGGGUUGUGGUUGAGACGUUGACUGUUGGUCGAGUAAACAAUUAUGGCAGUGUGCUGUUGUACAUUUGGCUAUGGUAUGCAUAAGCACCAGCAAGGCUUACAACGACAACGAUGCUAUACCUGCUCAGUGUAAUAGGCCCAAUCCAGACAGAGGAAAACCUUUGUGUGCUCACGUUAUAGGAUUACACAUCUUACAGAGGCUACAGUGUAAAGACAAGCCUGCCAUAGCGCCUCCUGUGUUUGUUUUCCAAAAAGAUAAAGCACAGAAGCGAACUGCGGAGGGCUCAAGUGCAGAGGAUGGAGAAGAUUCAGAUAAAGACGAAGGGAGCUAUUGCCCCCCUGUGAAAAGGGAAAGGACGUCAUCGUUCCCACCCCCACAUUCUGAGGAGAAGCCUGUAGGAUUCCGUUUAAAGCCACCAACUCUCAUACAUGGACAGGCACCAAGUUCAGGCGUCCCAAGUCAGAAACCCAAGGAGCAGCAACGCAGUGUCCUCCGCCCUGCAGUUCUCCAGGCGCCGCCCUCUAAAUCACAUAUAGAGUCCAAUUCCAGUUGUGGAACCAACGGUGUGAAAAAGUCAUCAGAUGGGGCAUCUGUGACCCAGUCCUUCUUCCUGAACAACACAGAGCACUCAGCCACCCUGGCCAAGUCACAGAAACAUGAAAAUGAGGAAGAUGGAGCAAGUGGUAACAAAGACGGAGACGAAAGAGAGAAGAAGGAGACAGAUGUAGCAAUAUCUUUUGUGUUUGGUCAGAAUAUUAAAGACAGAGCAAAGUUGGAAGAGAACAGUACAGAAGGCAAGUCAAAGGAUGGUGUGCCGCUGGACUCUCAAUCAGAGGGCACUAAUUAUUUCUUACAGUACAUCUCUACCCCAAGUUCAGAAAAUGCCGCAAACAGUACAGACAGUGGGGCAAAAUUUGUUUUUGGGCAAAACAUGUCUGAACGAGUUCUGAGUCCCCCGAAGGGCGAGUCCUCAAAUGAGGAAAAUAAAGAAGUUUCUGCUGCCCCUGCUUCAGAGCCCUCAUCACAGGAAACCACCCCAGAGAAGGUGAACAGCGUGUCAGAGUCUUUGGAGGAGUCUGCAGCAGCUUACACCAAAGCCACAGCCAAGAAGUGCAUCUUAGAGAAAGUUGACGUCAAAACCGGAGAGGAAUCUGAAAGCAAUGUUUUGCAGAUGCAGUGCAAGUUAUAUGUUUUUGAGAAGACGGCUCAGUCGUGGAUAGAGAGAGGUCGAGGUUUGCUGAGGCUCAACGACAUGGCAUCAACAGAUGACGGCACGCUACAGUCCCGUCUAGUGAUGAGGACCCAGGGCAGCCUCCGGUUGAUCCUCAACACUAAACUUUGGCCCCAGAUGCAGGUGGACAAGGCCAGCGAGAAGAGUGUACGAAUCACUGCCAUGGACACAGAGGACCAGGGGGUCAAGGUCUUCCUAAUAUCGGGUAGCUCUAAGGACAUAGGUCAGCUGGCUGCAGCGUUACAUCACCGUAUCUUAGCCCUGAAGAGCAGGGCAGAGCAGGAGCCUGAGACCCCAACGACAACCAUCCCCGAUGCCGAGGUACCGCAGUCCAACGAGGACGACAGCGACGAGGAAGACAAUGCCUCUGCCUCAGCUUCAGCCUCCACUCCUGCUACGAGUAAUUCAGAGGGAGGAGAGAACCAGGCAACAGGAAGCACAUAGCGUCACUCUUGGACAGCCUGCUCAGAUGCUGCCGUUGAGGCAUUUUGCUGUAUGCAUCUCCAUGGACAACCCUUGACCAACAUGGGUCCUCCAGACCAGUACUUUUGGAUAUUAGAAGUCUAGCUCCAGGAAAUAACCCCUUGUGCCAGAGUGUUCCACCCAACUCGUGCAGUUCAUCUUCUCUGCAUUCAGCGUAAUAUCUGGAGUCGUUUAUUCCCUCCCUCUCCUGUUUUGUGUUUUAUUUUUGUUUUCGAGUAUUUUUUCCUCUCCCCGAUAGCAAAAAUAAAGACUUCAAAGCUUUGGUUUGGGACUUUUCUGCUCAUCAUAUUGAUGAGUGUAAGGGUGUUUUCCUCUACAUUUUAAAGUAUGGCACAUGUUAAGACUGCAGUUUCUACUUUGGGACCUUUUUACUCAAUCUACAGCCGUAUCUCUGGACGCCACACAUCCAGAGGAGCUUCAUUCACAGUGUAUUUGACUAGUCAUCAGUCACUUGUUCCUCCAUUGAGUCCAACCCUCCUUCUAUUCCCCAUCCCAACCAGUCUGUGCGUUAGGUUUUGGCAAAUGUAAUUUAUUUUGGAUUGUCCGUUUCAUGAGGCAUCUCAACCCAUAUGUGCAGUUUGUAAUGGCUAGCCAAGACCACUCAAGUUGUCAUUAAUAGCAGUUUCUUAUAUUUCCUAUUGACCUAUAUUAUAAAGAAUAAAAGACUGAAAACAAUGUGGUUUCUGCUAAUGUGAGUUAAUGAUGUCAGGACAAAACAGAAGAAUUCACCUCAAAUAUUUCUCUAAAUUAAUAAGAUGUUUGUCAUUCACCUUGUCGGUUUUUUAAUGAUUUUUUUUCCAAAUCAAGAAACUUGACUCAUCAGUCUCAUUCUGCAUGUAACUGUUACUUCUUUUUUUAUUCUUUUCAGCAUCCCAAAGGUUUACUGUGUUGAUACAUAUUUUUAUUUUGAAAAUAUACAAACAUUUUAUCCAUUUUCCUUUGGAAAAUAUGUUUGAAUGAAGACUUAAGUUGAUGUGUGGAAAAAUUUGAGUGAUAACUCUAAUACCCUUUGAAUGUCAUGUACAUUUGAAUAUAUCAUUUAGUAGCACACCAUGUUUUUCUCAUCUCCUCCAAAUACCCUCUUUACAAAAUAAACCAUUUUGGACUGACAUCUGGGA